AUGUACAGAUUGUUACUCUGUAUUAAUUAUUACAGUGAUGAGUCCAACAAUGUAUACUACUUGAGCACCAGCACCGGCAACAACACUUCCCAGUUCACCGUAACCAACUUGACAAGUCCAGGUGCUCACGAGACUGAGCAAACAGGACUACUACCUAGUUAUUACAUCGCUUCAAUCGUGGUAAAUCGGGCUCACAUUAACCGUAUUAUAACACAAAGUGUUGCCACAAAUGAAACCGAUUACAGUAUAGACUUUCCCGACUUUGGUCCCGACCACGAGAGCACCGGCGAUACCAUUACCUCAGCCUAUGUGGAGGUAUCGGUGGACAACGAGGUCAAGGGUCGUACGCCCGACCGGUCCAACACGUGGGAACCCGUCUGGGAUUAUAAGGCGGCCGAUGGCGUCAAUGUGACCAUUGAUAGUGUUGUUGAGCUAACCCUAUACUACUCUAUGGGCCCGAUGUCUGAGCAAAUUGACCACGUGAUUGUGCCCGUACGCCAAUUAGUGAUCAGGGGCUCAAAUGGCCGCUCAGAGAGGGGUAGGUUUGUGGGAGGGUGGCUCAUGUUUACAGUGAGCUUGCGCGAGCCUAAUAGUGCCGGACAGGCAUUAUCGCAGACUGAGCUCGAGCACGUACAGAAGCUAGCGGUGGGCUCUAUCGGGUCAAUUCAAUUUGGCCAAAAGCUAGGCGCGGGUAAAUUUGGCACGGUAUGGCAAGUGACGGGCACCGACCGGUUAAGCCGCACACGGCAUAUGGCGUGCAAAGUGAAUUGUUUUGACGGCCGCAAACCGCCACCGCCAAGGAGGGGCUCCAGCGGCAGCCCCGGUAUUCAAACAUUGUCCAAACGGUGCACAUCGCGGACAUACCCGACCGGAGCAAAGACUCGCUCACGCAUUGCUUGUUCACCGAGUUGUGCUCCGGGUGUCUAUACGACGAGGUCUUCGCAUAUAACAAAGACAGAGAUAUGCCUGAGGCACAUGAAAAAGUUCAAUAAUGUACAGUGCAAUCUCUCCAUAAGAAACGGGAAGAUGCAUAGCCAAAGUUCGAAGAUUGAUGUUGUGAACAGAACGGGUUUUGGCAUUCAGUUCAUACCAUCGAUCUCUUCAUAA